AUGGACUUGGACGGCGUCAGUCAGGAGGAGCUUCAGGAAGCGGCAGCCCAGCUCGAGCAUCUGCAGACCAUGGCCCUUCGAGGCUCCCGAUUCGGCUCGACAGUGACUCAGCAAUGGGAGUCAGCAAACCCCUCACGGCCUCUUUUCAGCCCUCCGAGCACGGAGGUUCCCACAAAGCACCAGGCCAGUCUGACACACACCAGCCCUCUGCAGCACAUCGAGCCCUUUCAGGAAGCCUCACCUCCCCACAAGUUCCACCGGCAGAACGACAAGGGCCAAGGACAGGGAGGAAAGGGACAGAGGACCCCGGCCAAAGGACAGCAGCAAGCACCUCCAAAACACCAGCGACGGCAGUACCCACGAGGAGCAGCCGCUCCGAUGCCCCACCCGCAACAGCCCCCGGCCAAUCCGGCCUCCAGCUCUACGGGUUCAGACCCGCUACUCCUCAAGGUGGCACAGUUGCUGAUGAGGCACACCGAUGUGAUCAACGGAUUGGAACAAUCCACCAAAUGGAUCAUGUUUCAGGGCACGGCCCCUCCCCUCACGGUGGUGGACCAGCAGGUGCGAAUUGCAGAGGAGUGGCAUCGCCUUCAGGAGACCAACCCCUCCCAGAUCAGUCAACCGCUGAGAGUGGUUCUAUGGCAGACCUGGGCCUCCGAGAUGAUCGAACGAAUCAACCAGCUUUCCUCCGACCAGGCGCACCGCCAGGAAGCGUUGAGGUUGGGCAUACUCACGGAGCCAGACUGCUUCAAGUAUGUCCGCUGGAACCCCCAGAGCCGGGCCCUCGAACCGGAGAAUCAUGUGGCACCACUCACGGCCAAGGAGAUCAUAGACCAGCUCAAAGAAACAAUAGUGCUUUGCAAAGAAGACGGCGUCCUCAUCAAUUACAAUCCAAAUCGCCGAUUGGUUCCGGGAAUGACGGGGGCAGCCAUCACCUUCCAGGUAGUCCUAGGACUCCGCGAUGCAAAAGCCUAUCGCAUGUGGACUAUUCUAGAGAACCUCUCUGGAAACGCGUCGUUGCAACUGACAGCCACAACGCUGCGCAGAGAGCGUCGAGGACGCGCACCAGUGGCACAGGCCAUUGCACAGGAGCUCCGGAACGACUGCUACGCCAACACUGUCCUUUUGUCCAGCCUUUGGACAGCGGCCUGUCACAAUCCUACUGAGGUACUCCUGAGCGACAGGAUCCAUGAGGAUAUCCGUAGCGCCAUUGCAGCAGGCUCUGAGGGUGACUCACCCAUCCACAUUUGGAGCCGACCGUUCUGGCGCAGGCUUCUUCGCCACUGGCCGGACACAGGUAGGCAACAAGAUGCUGCAGAGUUUCUGGGGUUUCUCCACCAGGCAAGUCCGCUGCAGUGUUUUCAGGGCUCUUGGGCAACACUAGAGCAUAACUGCCUCCUGGACUGCGGUGGCAUCUGCCCUCUGUCCUUACAGGUUGAUCUGGCACAGCUCGCACAGCACCGAAGUCAGUGCACCCUGCAAAGCGUCAUUAACAGCUGGCAUGCCCAAGAGAAUGCACCAGCCCUUGCAGCAGGUACAUCCUGCCUGGUGCUUCAACUGAACAGGUUCCGUACGGUGCGGGGCGUAGUGACCAAGUCGAAAGUUGCUGUAACCCUCCCUCGUACGGUCACAGUUCCCACUUGGAACGAGGGCCGCCUGACCCAGAAACCGUACUUGCUUAGUGCUGCAGUGAUCCACUUGGGAUCCACGCCUCGCCAAGGGCACUACAGGUCUCUGCUUUUAGACGGCUCAGGCAAAGCGUGGUGGACAGAUGAUAGGCAACCUGCCGUAGUUCCUCAAAAAGAUGAUGCUCUGUUGAUGAUGCGAAACGCCUAUCUUCUGUUCAUGCGCCCAGCCUCGGCUGAAAGGAGUUAG